GCAAUACCGGCGACGCUCCACCCAAGAUAAUAAUGGCAUAAAUAAUUACCUCACACUUGUACAAAACGUGUUCCGUAAAGAUAAACAAAAUAACAAAUUCAAACUCAGUAGUUCUCGACUCCACACACCGCAAACUCGUGUUCAACGUAUUUUUAAAUACACAUUUUACAUCGUAAAAACACACACAUGCAAUAAUACACUCUGAUAUUUGAAAAUAGAACUGAAGAUCGCGUGCCGUCGAAAAGUGAUAACCUGAUAACAGUGUAAAAACCUGGUGAAUCAAAGUGUCGUUGACAGUGUGACCCGUGGAGGAAAUAAAGUGUUACGGAAAUCGGUAGGGUUAUAGAAAAUAUUUGGUUAGGCCAUACAUACCAUACAAAUCGAAAAUUUGUUUUGUAUUCAAUUUGGAUAAUGUUCGAGGUCACUUAAGCUGGUUUUUGACUCUCAUUUAAAGUCAAAUUUUGUAAUAUUAUUUGAAUCCAGAUAUUUUUAAUCUAGGUGUAAGUUUAAAAACUUAUCUCAACCAACUCCAAGAAACACACAAAUUGUUGCCAACCAGUUAAAUAUUUAUAAACAAACGUGUGAAUAGAUUUUCAUAAAUUUAAGACACUGUAAAUAUUUUACUGCACAAAUUCUGCCUAAGUAUACUAACACAUAGUGAGUAAAAAGACAUUUAAAAGAAGUGCAAUAGUGAUAUUAAAAUGGAUGAAAUUCAACAUCAACACUCUCCUGAAUUGGAACCUUUAGAAGCGGCAUCUCCCCUCCGCCUGCCCCCCCUCAGACACCGGAGCUGCGUCGGCUCCAGGACCUGCUACAAGGCUCCCCUCAGGGUCUUCCGACUGAUGGUGUUCCUCAUACUGCUUCCUACGAUCUUCCUUCUGGUGCCGCUGUAUAUGAGAUACCGCGUGUUCUCGAGCCAGAUGUACCCGAUGGGCAUGACGGACAUGCGCCUCAUCGACGGCAAGGUGUCCACCACCUGGUGCCAGCGUCAAGUAGUAAAAUCCAACACUACCUUCAACGCCUUCGUGGUCCCCUCAUCUCCGGAGCUGUCGUCAGCUCUGGUGAAUGUCUCCAUGACGCGACACAUGGAGCUGCAGGCGGAUAUGAAGGAGUACUGGGGGUUUUACUUGCUGCACGGGUCUACGGUUACUGUGUCCGCUUGUGUCAGCUGGCCCGGCGCUUCCCUCAUCAUGAUCCGAGGCUACAAGCACCUGCAAGAGUGCGCGUACAUCGGAGACGACUCCUCAGAAGAAGUAGAUGAGCUGAUCAAGGCAGAGGAGCUCGGACUGCUGACAAAAGACGAUCUGGUGACGAAACUGGCGCAGUUGAAGAAGCUGGAUGGACGGGCUAACCAACCUGACAACAUGAAGCGACACAAGGCUGGAGUCAGCUUCCAUGACCCGAGCCACGCGGAGAAUGUAACGUCAUCAGACCCCGUGCCUUCUGAUGAUAUCACUGAUCACGAUCCUAAGGAGCUCCGAGAAAUCCUCGACCACCUCCACGCAGUCCGCCAAGCGAUCAAGGACAAGGCGACGGCGGAGUUCCGUCUGCCGGCGCACCUGGUGGCCGUGGCCGCCAUGCACCGGUUCCGCGACACCAACGUGGAUAGAGAUGAGCAGCAGUGGCUCACGUUCAAAGAUCUUGACAAACACAACAAAAGCUAUGAAAAUGUAGGCAAUGUGAAGACAAUAGUAGAAAGCAGAGAACCUAUUUAUACUGACAAAGAUAGAACUACAGGAAUACCAAGAAGUCAUGAAAACCUAACGACUAUCAAUCAAGAAACCGUGCAGCCAAUCAGUGAUAAAGAAACUGCCAACUCUCAAAAUUUAAACGAAACAAAAGAAGAAACAAUAAGACGUACAACCACUGAAAGAAUUGAAAAAAGAAAUAAAGAUACUGUGUUAAAAGCUACUCAUAAUAGAAAUAAAAUAAACCAAACUGAUGUAGAAUCAAUCGAUGCACAAGAAGAUCUGCAGCGACUAGAAAAAGAAGCCGAGACCAAAACAUUACAAGACGAAAAAGAGCCCGACCCAGACUCCAAGGAAAUCUUCGAGGAUGUCCUCAAGAGGCUGCAGUCGCUCGGGAGCCGGGGGCAGCGCGUGCUCAGGAGGCUGCAGAAAAGUAUGGGCAUUAAGGAGGAGGCCACAAACUCCAUAGAAGGCAGCGCAAUAAUGGACAAAGUGGUGGGAAGCAGUGAGGAGCUGGACAGACUCAGGAGAGUGCUGGUGGAGGCCAUUGAUGAGGAGAGGAGCAAGGCUAAGGAUAAGGCUAAAAAGACCCCCUCAGUAGCGGGUGAGGGCCGCAGCCGUCGGGAGCUAGUGCUGGGAGCGCCCACGCUCGAGCAGACGCUGAAUGAGGAUGAUGAGGCCAGGGAUUAUGCGGGGGAAGAGGGUCUGGAGCCGGACGGGUUCGCGGAGCACCACACGGUGGUCAACGAGACCUCGCCGCUCGACAUGAGCAACUCCGAGUUCUGGUCUUCUUUCUCUAGCAGUGAAGAAGCUCUGCUGGAGUGCGACGGUCUCAUCCUCAACCUGCCGCUGACGCCUCACACGCGCUGCGCGGCCGGCGCCAGCGAGGCCGAGCGGCUGGCGGCCGCGCAGCGGAACGCUAUCACUUAUAGGGUACCAGCAAACGGCUACUACUUCUUCGUGUUCAACUCCGAGAACGAAGUGCAGACGAACUUCAUAAACGUCCGUUUCGACCUGCAGAAGACGAGGUACGACGUGGCCCGGACUGCGCUCAGAGAGUGCCGGAACUCUACCGAGCGUUGUGACUUGAAGCUGGAUAUGUUUAGCUCUCAGAAGGUGGUCCUAGAGCUGCCACUUCGCAACAACGAUUCUCUAUGGAACGAGCAAUUCGUGGUGAUCUCCGAAUGUGAACCCCGCACCUCGAUAUACCUCGUCUGUGCGAUCUCCGUCCCGCUACUCAUUCUGGUGUUCGCUUUCCAAUGAAGCUGUGGGAGGCGAGUCGUUGGAACGUUUACUGGUGAACCAGCAGUGGAAGGCGGGAGGUCGGGGAUUGUCGCGCGGUGGUCGCAAGAAAUUUUCAGGUUGUUUUAUCUGUUGUUUAUUGUAUAUUUGUACAUAGAUCGAAUAACGAACAAAGGCAAAUUAGUUAUAACUGUCAGUUAAUGGAAAAGCUCAAUUUUUUCGCCAACGUUUACAGGGAUAUAUGAUAGGUAGGAAAUGUAGUAGGUGCUAUCUAAUAGGUAAAUUACAAGGUAAAUUAAUACCGAAUUAUUAUUCAUAGUAUGUUAACAAGUAGUUAUUUUUGUUUUAAGUUAAUAUUGUAAACACAGUCAUAUCUAUAGGUACCUAAGCGUUAGUAGGUAUGUAUACUUAUAUAGUUUAUAUAGGUACGUUGGGCAUUUGUUAUGUUUUAUGUUAAAAUUCAGUAGUUACAUACUUGAGAGUUAUGUAAUCGUUAUAGUAAGAUGUAUCUACCUAUGUAAAAUGUUAGCAGAUAGUAUAUUGUUUAAGUAAAUACCUACCUAAUUAAGUUUUCGAAACGCUAGAUAGAAAAACGUUUGUUAUCAUUAUAUCUUUGAAUGGCCAUAUAACUAACAACACACACACACACACUCACGCCUUGUACUAAUGUACUCCGUUGCGGGGUAGGCAGAGGUGCAUUGCUGCACCCACUUUUCGCCAAAGUGUUAUGUUA